AUGGAAAGGCUGUGGGAUUUCCAUUUCUUCCACGGGGCAAUCUCGUUCACAGUUCACUCAAAUGAACUUCAAGGUUUCCGUAAAUUUCUUCAAGGCAUAAAACCUUAUGGGGAUGAACAAAAUAGCUUGCUCAAGUACUUCUGGGAGCAAGCAUUUGACUGCACGGUUGUGGACGGCAAGGAGUCCGCAGAAGUCGAUGAUGCCUGUACUGGGAAGGAGAAGCUGGAAAGCCUGCCCAGCACAGUUUUCGAAAUGGACAUGAGUGGUCACAGCUAUAGCAUCUACAGUGCUGUCCAUGCCGCAGCACACGCCUUGCAUACCAUGUCCUCAUCUCCAUCAUACUUUAGAGGAAGAAGGCACGGCAAAAGAGAUGGAUUUCAGGUUUUUCAUCCUUGGCAGGUGCCACCUCUUUCGGAGUGUAACCCACACUGCCACCCUGGUUCUCAAAUGAAGAAAAAAGAAGGGGAGAAAUUUUGCUGCUAUGGUUGUUCUCUGUGCCCUACAGGGAAGAUUUCGAGGCAGAAGGACAUGGACUAUUGUAUCAGCUGUCCAGAAGAUGAGUACCCAAACAGGAACCACGAUCAGUGUCUUCCCAAGAGAAUGAAUUUUCUGUCUUAUGAAGAAACUUUAGGGAUCAGUUUGGCUUCCGUUGCUGUGUCUUGUUUCCUGGUCACAACUUUGAUUCUCGCAACUUUCAUUAAGUACAAAGAUACCCCCAUAGUCAAGGCCAACAACAGAGAUAUCACCUACGCUCUCCUGGUCUCCCUUUUGUUCUGCUUCCUCUGCUCUUUGCUUUUCCUUGGAGAACCAAGCAAGGUGACCUGCUUCCUUCAGCAAUCAGCUUUUGGCAUCAUCUUCACAGUGGCGGUGUCUUGUGUCUUGGCCAAAACCAUCACAGUGGUUGUAGCCUUCAUGGCUACCAAGCCAGGGUCCAGCAUGAGGAAGUGGGUGGGGAAAAAGCUAACUAAUUCCAUUGCUCUUUCCUGUUCCCUCAUUCAAGCAGUGAUUUGUCUGUUGUGGUUAGGAACCUCUCCCCCAUUCCCAGAUUUUGACCUGCAAUCUCUCACUGAAGAGAUCAUAGUAAAAUGUAAUGAAGGGUCUCUCAUCAUGUUCUAUAUUGUCCUGGGCUACAUAGGACUUCUGUCCAUUGUAAGUUUGACUGUGGCUUUCUUUGCCAGGAAGUUGCCAGACAGUUUUAACGAAGCCAAGUUCAUCACCUUCAGCAUGCUGGUGUUUUGCAGUGUCUGGGUGACUUUUGUUCUGACCUACCUGAGCACCAAAGGGAAAUACAUGGUAGCCGUGGAGAUCUUCUCUGUCUUAGCCUCCAGUGCAGGGUUAUUGGGUUGUAUCUUUUUCCCCAAGUGCUACAUUAUUUUGCUGAGACCUGAGUUAAACAACAAGGAGCAGUUAAUUAGGAGAAAGAAAUAA